AUGGUGUCUUACCAAGAGCAGCAGUGCAAGCAGCCCUGCCAGCCUCCUCCCGUGUGCCCACCCACAAAGUGCCUAAAGUCUGGUCCUCCUCCAAAGUGCCCUAAUCCAUUCCCUCCUAAGCCAUGUCAGCAAAAAUGCCCUCCUGUGCAACCUCCUUCACCCUGCCAGCAGGAGUGCCCACCCAAGAGCAAGUGA